ACCAUAUAUCUCUCAAUUACAAAUCACGGGAUGUUCCCCGGACUUAAGGAUUUGCAUUUUAAAUAAUUUUUAAUUGUAACUUUAUCAGUAAUUGCAACGAUUGACAUGAAUAGUAUAUACGUUGGCCAAAACGCAACAAACGUUUUAUUUCGUUCGUUAUUUCAACGCUUACGGUUAAAAAGCUUUCGAAAAGUGCAAACGCGGUCUUUGUUCCUUAGCGAGCUGGUGCCAUCACAACAUAAACUUUCCUUCGUCACGCGUGACCAUGAAGAAAUAUACAAGAAAAGCAUACAAGAGCCUGGUAAAUUUUGGGGAGAACUUGCUUUAUCAAAAUUGCAAUGGAUCACACCAUUUACGAAGACGAUGGAUUGUGAAAUGAGUAAAGGCCAGCAUAAAUGGUUUAUGGAUGGUGUGCUAAAUGUGUCAGAAAAUUGCUUGGAUCGACAUGUUCAAAGAACACCGGACAACAUUGCAUUGAUAUGGGAGAAAGAUGAGCCAGGAACACAUGAAACGGUGUCGUAUAGAGAAUUACUUAAGAUGACAUGUCAACUCUCAAAUACUUUGAAGAAUCAUGGUAUUAAAAAAGGUGACAGAGUUUGUCUAUACCUUCCAAACUCUCCACUUGCUGUAGUCAGCAUGCUGGCAUGUUCUCGAAUCGGUGCAGCUCACAGUGUAGUUUUUGCUGGUUUUAGUGCUGAUGCAUUGGCAAGCCGUAUAAUGGAUGCUGGUGCAGAAACUGUCAUCACUGCAGAUCAAGGGUUGCGAGGUGGCAAAACUAUUAACCUAAAGCAAAUGGUUGAUGAAGCAGUUAGCAAGUGUUCUGGUGUCAAGCGUGUUUUUGUGAUGUCAAGAACUGGUGCUGAUGUUCCAAUGGGCAAGAUAGAUAUACCCUUGGAAAAGGCAAUGUCAGAAGAAAGUAAUGAAUGUAUUCCUGAACCAAUGAACAGUGAAGAUAUGUUGUUUUUGCUGUACACAUCUGGUAGCACUGGUAAACCAAAAGGAAUUCAGCAUUCACAAGCAGGAUAUCUUCUCUAUGCCAAUUUAACAUUCAAACAUGUGUUUGGCUAUGAACCAGGUGACAUUUUUAGUUGUGUUGCUGAUAUUGGUUGGAUAACUGGUCAUUCAUAUGUUGUCUAUGGUCCAUUAUCCAAUGGUGCCACAUCUGUGUUGUUUGAAAGCAUUCCAACAUACCCCGAUCCUGGUCGCUAUUGGGAAAUGGUUGAGAGGUUGAAAAUCAACAUAUUUUAUGGUGCUCCAACUGCAAUUCGUCUCCUUCUAAAGUAUGGAAAUGAUUGGGUUGAAAAAUAUGACAGAUCAUCUCUUAAAGUUCUUGGCACAGUGGGCGAACCCAUUAAUGCUGAAGCAUGGUAUUGGUACAAUGACAUUGUUGGGGAGAAGAGGUGUACAGUUGUGGAUACUUGGUGGCAAACAGAGACAGGUGGUGUAUUUUUGGCCCCAAGACCUGGCCCUGAUAAUUCUAUGCCUAAACCAGAAUUUGCAACAAGGCCUUUCUUUGGAGUGGAACCUGUUUUAUUAGACAGUAAUGGAAAAGAAUUAGUUGGAAAUAAUGUCUCGGGCAAUUUGUGCAUUCGUGGGUCAGUUCCCGGAUUGGCACGUACAGUUUAUGGAGAUCAUCAGAGGUUUUUGGAGACAUACUACACAACAUUCCCAGGAUAUUAUUUCACUGGUGAUGGAGCCUUAAGGGACGAAGAUGGACACUAUAGGAUUACUGGCAGAGUAGAUGAUGUCAUAAACAUUAGUGGACAUCGUCUUGGAACUGCAGAAAUUGAAGAUGCUCUGGAUUAUCAUCCUGAUGUUGCUGAAAGUGCAGUAGUUGGUUUUCCACAUGAGAUUAAAGGCGAAGGUAUUUACGCUUAUGUAACGCUGAAAGAAGGAGCGGUUAUCAAAUUAGAAGACUUGGUAUUGCAGUUGAAAAAUCUUGUAAAAAAAGAGAUUGGUUCGUUUGCUGUACCUGAAAUUAUUCAGGUUGCGUCAGGAUUACCUAAAACGAGAUCAGGAAAGAUAAUGAGGAGAAUUUUACGAAAAGUAGCUGCAAACGACUUUCAUGAUUUAGGCGAUGUGUCCACGUUAGCUGAACCUUCUGUAGUGAAAGAUAUUGUUGAUGAACACAAGAAAUUGAUGCAUUCCAAAUCAUGAACAGGGAAAGUAUGACCAAUGAAAUGAAUGAAUUUAACUAAGAUUAUCAUGACGUAUAACGUUAUGAUUAAGAAUAAUGAGGGUAAGGUAUACUUAUGUAGUUGUAAUGUCGUUAUUUAAACUUAUAAAAUUUUACUUUCGCUUUUGCUUAAGCCAAAAUCUAAACGAUCUAAUAACGUAAUAACAUGAAGUAUAAUCAUUUGUAAUGGAA